UGUUUUUAUAUUUUAUUAAUUUUCCCAGAAGACGUCGUUUACACAAAACUGGCUUAUCUAUCAAUAGAGAGGAGGAAGAACAAGAGGACAUCAGUCAUGAAGCAAAACAAAAACAACAACAAAACAAACUUAACAAAAUAAACUUGUCUUCCCAACUUCCCGGUGUUUCAAUAUUAAAACCUUUGGUUGGAAUGGAUGAAAAUUUGGAAGAAAAUUUGGAAUCCUUUUUUCUUUUGGAUUAUCCACAGGCAAGGAAAUUUUAGAAAAAUUAAAAAAAAUUUUUUUUUCCAGUUUGAAUUGCUCUUUUGUUUGUAUUCCCGUCAAGAUCCAGCUUAUGAUUUAGCCCAGCGUCUCUGUGCAAAAUACCCCAAAGUGGAUACACGCAUAUUUAUUGGAGGCCAACGAGUAGGAUUAAAUCCAAAAAUAAAUAAUAUGUUCCCUGGAUAUGUGGCUAGCAAAUAUUCCCAUUUAUUGAUAAGCGAUCAAGGAAUCUAUAUGCGUCAAAAUGCUCUAACUGAUAUGGUUUUGUGUAUGUUGGAAAGGACAGAUAUUGCAUUAGUCACACAAACACCUUUUUGUAAAGAUAGAAGUGGAAUUUGGGCAGCACUCGAACAAGUAGUUUUCACAAAAACAUCCAGUCAUGCUUUCCGUUUUGUAUGUUCAACAGGAAUGAGUGCUUUAAUGCUAAAAGAUGUUUUGGAACAAUGCGGAGGAUUUAGACAAUUUGGAGGAUUUUUAGCCGAAGAUUAUUUUUUGGGACAAGCAUUUGCUAGAGCUGGAUAUCGAAAUGUUAUUUCUCAUAUGCCUGCACUACAAAAUUCUGCAAAUACCUCACUUUUUACUUUUCAAGAACGAAUAUGCCGGUGA